CUCUCUCUCUCUCUCCGUCCCACUUUGUGCGUUGAGCACUCGGUGGCUGAACUUUGAUCGGAUCGGCUGCAUGUUGUUGUUGUUGUAGUAGUUGUUGUUGUUGUUGUUUUAAUGAGUGCGGAAGCCGGAGCCGCAGGAACCGACACUUCGGAGGAGCGAUCGACCUCACUAUGUCUGACAUCUGACGCCGCCUCUGAGAACCGGGGAUGGAGGCCGAGCGAGGCGGCGGCGGCGGCAGCGGAGAGCCGCAGGUGGAGGAUGAGUUUGCGUGUGCCGGCACGCUGCGGGGGCCCCUGGCCUCCCUUCACGCCACCGUGGAGCGGAUAUUCGGGGUGACCUUUGGCCUCGGGGCCGACGGCGGUUCCCACGGCGGCGACGGGCAGAUAUGGCUGAAGCUGCGAGGGCCGAGCGGCGACGUGCGAGCCGCCAAGUUGUUUGUGAAGGGCCUCGUGAACCAGGAGGAGCAGCAGGAGGUGUCUUACCCCGAGGUCCUUCACUGCAUCUUCUGUGGAGCCCGAGGGCUGUUCGUCGACUGCCUGACAAAAAACACCUCGGCACAUAUAGUGGUGGGCUCCACGGGCUUGCUGCUCAUAUCCGGGCUCGAGGAGCCGGUGGUGCGAGCCUACUCCCUGAUCACGGACCUGGUGGCGCGGUACGACGGCGCGCAGUCUGGGGACGGCCGCCCCGGCGAGUCCCUGGAUUCGCGCCGGGACUUCAAAAGCCUGGUGGAGAAAUGGGAGGACAAGCACCUCCUGGAUCUUCUGGUGCUGCCGGGGACCGUGAAGGAAACCCUGCUGCGUUGGGCGAGAGAGUCCCGGCGCGGGUCGAGCCCGGCCCCGGACCCCGCCCCGGACCCGGCCCCGGACCCCGCCCCGGACCCGGAGGGCGCGCGGGACAAACCCUUCGCCGUUGGGUACGCGCUCCCCGAGCCUUGGAGGACUACAGGCCGGCCGAGUCAAGGUUUGCCCGCGGGUUCGGGGUUCGGGGACUUCUGGUCCCGGUGCGAGUCCGGGGACAACCGGGGGAGGGCGGAGGGUGCCGAGGGUGGAGCCGCGCACCCCCCUCCGGAGGGGCCGCAGUCAGGCACCAAGACGGAGGAGGGCGAGGAGGAGGGACGGGACUUGCAGAUGACAUCGGGAAACAAGGAGUUUUGGCUCCUUUUGAAGUUCUUCACCGCCAUGGGGUACACGGAGGACCUGGUGAAACGGGUCCUCGCCCGGACGGGACUCAAAGAGGCCUCGCAGAUACUGGACGUGGUCCAGCAGGAGCAGGACCGCAGCGACCGGCAGAAGGCGGAGGAGAGCCGGGACGAGAGGAACCGACCCUGUGAGACGGAGCACAGGGAGGGGGAGGAGGAGGAGGAGGAGGAGGUCACGGAAGAGGCGGGAGUCGAGUCGCGGGGCGGAGCGCCGGGAGACGGCGGACACCCCGCGGCGAAGCGCGUCGCCGAGGAUAAGGGUCCGGAGGAGGACUUCGUCCUGGGAGUGGUGAAGAAAGCGGCGGCCAGCUGCGGCUACAUGGAGCAGAAAGUGGCCAAAGUCUACAGCAUGUUGCCCGACGGAUCCACUCGCCAGCUGCUCCUGGAGCUGCAGAGAGGGGUCAACGAAGAGAAGGACGCCCUCAGGGAGGGGCCCAGGGAGAUGGACGACGUGUCGCCGGACGAGGAGGGACCAAAAGUCAGGUCUUCUGGGGGCGGGGCGAGACAAGUCGAGCCACUGGCGCCGGCAGAGGUGAGAAAAUUGGACGCUAAAAGACGCGCGGACUCACAAACUCCACACCGAGUCGUCCAGGCACAAGUGAAAGGGCCGCCCAUGCCCACUUAUCCGCCCCCCCUCGACCCCCCGCUCAACUUCAUCCAAUCCAACAAACAGCACGCCACCUACUGGCUGCCUCCAUCCCCCCCGAAAGAAACCGACCCAACCUACGACCGGGUCUCACCCCCAAAACACAAGGCGCCCCAAGUGCCUCAGCCGCACCCCUUCGCCAGGGGCGAGGCGGCGCCCUGCGGGGCGAGGGACAGGCGGGGCUUCGCGGCCGCCUCUCCGGUGGUGGUGACGGGGGAGCAGCGUUUCCUGGAGGGCCUGCUGAUGCCCUUCGACCUCCAGCUCACGGACCAGACGGGCGACCCGAGAGUGCGGGCGAUCAUCAUCGACGGGAGCAACGUGGCCAUGAGUCACGGCUUGGGUCACUUCUUCUCCUGCCGAGGCAUCGCUCUGGCCGUGCAGCACUUUUGGGACCGAGGUCACCGACACAUCAUCGCCCUCCUGCCCCAGUGGAGGCAGAAGAGCAACCCCAAGAUCAAAGAGCAGCACUAUCUGACGGAGCUGCAGAACCUGGGCCUGCUCGCCUACACCCCCUCCAGAGAGGUGCAGGGCAAGAUGAUCAGCUCGUAUGACGACAGAUUCAUGCUGCAGCACGCGCAGAAGACGGACGGAGUGAUCGUCACCAACGACAACCUGAGAGACCUCUCAGACGAGUCCCCCGUGUGGAGGGACAUCAUCAAAAAGAGACUUCUCCAGUACACGUUUGUCGGGGAUCACUUCAUGGUGCCGGACGACCCUCUGGGCCGAGGGGGGCCUCACCUGGACGACUUCCUGCGCUCCGAUCACAGGACUCCGGAACCAGGGAACCACUCUUUUGCCGGCGCGUCCACGCCGUUCCCCUUCUCCUCCGAGCCGCCGCGCUGUUCCCAGACGGAGCUCCUGAACCUCCGCGACCGCACGCCGGCCGGCGGCGGCGGUGGCCGGGGGAAUCGGAGGGGCCGCGGGAAAGGGUGGGAGGCGGGACUCCCCCAGGGGCGGCUGGCGGAGAGGGGCCCCGAGGAGACGUUGGCCCUCAGGGAGCAGCUGUGCCAGGUGUUCCCCGGUCAGGACCACAUGGUGGCGCUGGUUCUGCAGAGCCACCCGGCCGAGACGGACAUCAACGCGCUGUCCGAUCUGCUCUUGGAGCAGUAAAAGCGCCGGGCGUUUUUUAAAAUAUUUUGGAGCUAUUCCAGCAGGGGUUGGACUAUUUUUCCUCAAAUCAAGAGUCCAUAUUUUCUACUGAAACAUAAAUGAGGCUAAAAUAAAGUGAUUUAUAGGGGUACGUCGUAAUGUAAAUGUCUGAACAACACUUCUGAUGAUCAUUGUGAAUAUUCUCGUGGAGCGACUUUUCGAACACCUGCAAACCAAAUUCCAUCCGCUGUACUCUGCGUCAUGCUAACGGGCUAAAACCUCAUUUGUACCCGGUAAACCUGCAUUACACACAUCGGACGGAUCGAGUUGUCACAGCGAGCACGUUAGCACGCUGAUGCUAGCAGUUAGCUCGAGUGGGGCCUUUUAACGUCUCAAAAACACGGUCAAAUGUUUUUGGAACAGCCUCCUCAUGUUU